AUGAUUUCUAAAGAUAUUAUUUGCUUUCUUUUUAAGAUAUUUCUACUUCUAACUAUAUUUAUUUUAAUUAUAUUAUUAAUUAUAAAUUUAGUCAGUACAUUCAACUACCGUAAAUCAUUAUCUUAUCCAAUAGUGUCUCUAAAUUCUGAUUACGUUGGUCCAACGAAUAUUUCUAAACAAAUAGAUACACUAAAAUCUUUUAAUCCAUGUCUUAAUGAUUUACACACAAGGCUUCUUUGUCUGUCAAGGUAUAUAGUAACUAGAGAUAAUAAGCUUUAUAUGAGUAAAGUAGUUAAUAGUGAAACACAACUUAAUAUUCUUAAAGAGAAUAAUGAAAGUGUUAUUUUAGUUCAACAAUCUCUUACUGAAUCUAUAAUUCCACCUGAAUCAUUAAAUUUUAUAGAUUACUUUUCUAAAUUUGAUUUUUCCGUUAUAGAUAAUCAAUAUUUUAUAAAACUUACAGAACUUGAAAAGUGUAUUAUUAAAAAUAAUAGAGAUCGUAUAUUACAAUGUAUAACAAAUUCUGAAUUUUUUAUGGAUAAAGAAUUGAUUAAUAAUUUAACUUUCAAGUACUUUGAAGUAUUUGGGGAUACAAACAUGCGAAUUUCUUCGUUAGAUCUAAUUUUUGCUAGAUUCGUAAUAUAUUUUUUAAUUAAAUAA